AGGUGACCGAAGCGAUGGAAUGAUAGUGAAAACAACAAAACAACUAACUACACGUUCACUAUGAAAUCAUCUCCAUUUCGAAUAGCUACAUUGGUUUUAAUGCUAGUUAGUUUAUUUGUUGACAUAAAAAUAUCAGCAUUACAUCUCAAAGGGACAUGGAACACCGGCAGUUUCUACAAAUAUCUUGCAAAAUUUGGUAUUCAAAAAACAAACACGAAAGAUUUAUUGGAUACAGAAGGAUUUAUUUAUGGAAAUAUUACUUCAAGAAAUAAUUCCUCUUCAAUCGUCACUUUAGUUGUCGUAGAUAGUGAAUAUUUUAUGGAGUUUCACGGAAACAGUACUCGAAAGCUACACAAACACACCUGCGCACGUAUGUUUAACAAGAUUGAUACCAUUGCGUUUGACUUCGAGUGCAAGAAACACGGUUUGGAGGAUUUCUUAAGAAAGGUCCCGUGUAUUAAAGGAAAACUUUGUUAUGACGAAGAUAACCCAGCUAACGUCAUGCCAGGAUAUCAGUUCACAUACAAAGUACAGGAUUUUAGGUCUCCAAGGUACUGGUAUGUAAGUUUAGUUGCCUGCCAGCGUAACCAUUGUGUGUGGGAGCGGAAUGAUGACAAGCCAUUCAAUCUGGACUAUGACAUCUGGCUGGUCAAUGGAAAUCCAGCAUCCAAACAUUUGAAUCCAUUUGAGCAUCAGUUUUCAUUUGACGACCAUGAUAUUUUUGAAAUUUAUUUAGUUUUCCUCAUAAUCUAUGGCAUAAUAUCUCCUAUUUGGUUUUAUGCAUUUAUCAAACAGAAACAUCCCAUAACACAAUUGUUUACAUCUGUGAUAGCUUUGGAAGUGAUAGGUAUAGCCCUGAAUUUCCUACAUUUGUUGAUAUUUUCUUUCAAUGGAGUUGGUUUCUUCCCAUUGGAAAUAGUUGGGAAUGCAGUGGACACAAUAUCACAGUGCCUGUUCAUGCUGUUUCUACUGCUGGUUGCUCGUGGCUGGACAAUUUCACACAUGGAGAUAAAGGGACGUGCUGUGGUCUUCUCCAUCUGGGGUGUAUACACUCUCUCAAACUCUGUCCUGUAUUUUUGGAACCUGACUGAAGUUGAUGAAAUCUCCAACAUAGAUGAAUGGCAGACAUGGCCAGGCUACAUAACACUAGGUUUACGUGUGGUGAUUAUGAUAUGGUUUGUCAUAGAGCUUAGACGCACAGUAUUCCAUAGCAAACAUCCAGACAGACUGAACUUCCUUCAACAGUUUGGAGCAUUUUUCCUCGUGUGGUUUAUAUACCUGCCUGUCCUAGCAAUCAUUGGCACACAGAUCUCAGCAUUGUGGAAGCAUAAAACUAUUCUAACGAUAACACUCGGAUCAGAUCUACUGUGUGUUCUGGUGAUGAUCCAUUUACUAUGGCCCAGUAGAUCCAUCCUGUAUCUCAUCAAGACUGAGAGCACCAUAUCUACAUAUGACCUGGAGAUAACAGGUUUGCUGGAUAUUGAUGACCCGGAGGAGACCAGUAUAUUUAGCAGAGAGACCCAUUUUCCUGGUAAACAGAUAGAGCCUAAUCACAAUACCAUUCACAAUGGAAAGUACCACCCAAAGGGUAGGAGAGAUGUUCCUAAUGGCACUCACCAUCUGGUAGAGGAGAGUCGAGACCUUAUAGAGAUGGAAACCAUAGAUAUCCACACAGAGGAAUUGGAGUUAUAGUUUAAUAUCUACUGUCUCAUGAGAUAUCGUUUUUUCAUUGCCAAUAUUUUUUUUAUUACUUUUUAUCCAUUUCCACAGGUGAGACUUAUUUUGAAAACAUUGGAAGUAAACUUUUAGCUGUAAGUUCAACAAUUCAUUUCAAAUUUGAUUUACAGACCAUUGUUUUACAAAAUGUAUUGGUAAAAGUUUUGUCAUAUUUGAAUAUGGUUAAGUUAAAAUUAUUUAGAGGGAUAUGUUUUAGUACACAAAGAACUGAUUCAGGUAGAUCAAAUUUGUGAUGUGUUUGCCAUCAAAUACAUUUUUGUAUCUGAAAGUCAGUGUAACUAAUUCAAUCUUUUUAGUAACAGUUUGGUCUGAGGAAAACCUAGAACAUAUAAAAAAUACCAAUUAUUGUGUAUUAAAUUUGAUAUAGUACAGUAUAAGGAGCCUCAUUGUUCUAAUAGCCUUGGACAAGAUAGAAGUAAAAAAUCUAGUUUCAACUUAAGAAAUUCAUCUCGUCAUUAUACCAAAAGUGACAGAUCAAUAAGUAGAGUAGAGAUUUAUAGAGUGUUAAUUCCAAUUUAUUUAUUUAGUAUAAUUAUGUUUAUUAUAUAUUAAUUGUCCUUUAAUAAAAAAUGGUGAUAAGGAGGAGAUCACAUUCCACGAUGUUGAAUACAACUACAGUUUGUACCAUCUGUUGAUGUACAAAUUAUAUUGUUUUUAUUUACCCUUGAAGACUUGCUGUAUAACCUUAUUUAAAACUUUAAAAUAGCUUUAUUUUUGUUUAAUAAAGUAUAUCUUAUGUGUGAUACAUAUCAUUGUCUACCAGCAGUGAGCCAUUUAUUGGAAUUUUGUUGAAAUAUUUGUUAUAGAUAGAUAGUAGUGAUGUUUGAUAUGGUAUCUAUGCUUGAAAUUUAAUUUCUUGUUCUACCAGCAGUGAGCCAUUUAUUGAAUUUUUUUUGAAAUAUUUGUUAUAGAUAGAUAGUAAUGUUUGAUUUGGUAUCUAUGUUUAAAAUUUGAUUCUUAUAUCUACCAUUAUGACCAAUUCAGUUUUAAAGGUAGAUUUAAAUCUGCAAUAAAAAAAGUACCAAGUUGUUUACCAUGCAUAAUUAGUCCCCCACAUUACUACAGGAGAUAACUAGAGUUUUAUGCUAUGUAGUCUGUAACAUAUAAAGAACUUAGAAUUCAGGCCACCUUUUAUACAGAGUUUUGGCCUUUUGUUCAGUGUGUGACACAUUGUCUGUGGUUCAUCUUGUAUAUUCUGCCAAGAACAUGUGCCAACUUUGAUGUGUACUGAAAUGGAGUUAUUUAACUUAACUUAAACAGAGUUAUUGCCCUUCAUUGAUCAAAAUACCAAAAUUUGGCCAACAGGUGACGAAGGAGUGCUUUAAAUACUCUACUUUUAUUUAUGUAGGAGAUGAACAAGUCCCUUCUUAGGGUAUUUACAGAUUCCAAGAAUAUUGUGAGAUUGAAAGCCGCACAGUCAUCACUGAAUAAUAAAAUCAGAAUAUAAUUACAGGUAGAAUCUUCAGUUUCUGUGGUGUGGUUUCAUUGUUAUUAGUUUUUUUAAUUAAUGCCUAUUGUCUGGUAAAUUAACUAUUGUUGGAUAUCCACAGCCGGAUACUAAUUAUUUGAAAUAAAUGUAAUAUGUUAUGGAGAGAACUUUAAUAUAGGCUUAAGCCUGAUGUUCAAUCCAAUUGAUUUCCAAUAAAAUAUGUUGAAAUAUCCACAGCCGAUUGCACUAUACGUACAAUGUACGACAAUGAUUCUCAAGUUUUUAUACCAAUUUUUUAGAAGUGAUGCUGGAGCUGUUGCAAUCUCAUAUAAUAAGUUUUACUAUUUACAAGAUGACCUGUUCGAUGAGGUUAUCUGAUUCUGUGUAUAGCCAGGCAAGGCCUAUGCCUAGUUUUUCCUCUACAUUUAACAGUAUAGAUUUGUAUAUAAUAAAUGACAUUUAAUUGUAUUAUAAAUGAGAAUUUCACAAUACUCCCUUUAGAAGGAUAUAUAAUUCUGUUAGUAUAGUUUAAAUUCAAACUUAUUAAAUAGUCACUUCAAUGGAUAAAACAAUGGGUAUUGACAGUGUAAUCAAAUGCCGUAGAGAUCAAAAUUCUUAACUAAAAGAAAAAAAACAUCCGUCCCACCAUAAUGUAUUGCUUAUGUGACUAUAUCUCCUAAUACUCCUAAUAUCUGUUAUUUCUCAGAUACAUCCUUAGAUUAAUGCAUUGGCCUUACAACAAACCAUUUGGAAGCCUUUCAAUAUAUAUAUAUAUAUAUAUAUUAUUAACGUCGGUAUGCCUUUGGCACCUGCCGUUAUAGUCGUGGUGGGAAAAUGUUGUUAGUGACAUGCUUUUUUUUUGCUUUAAAAAUUGCAAUUUUUCUAUUUUUCAGAUCUAAUAAUUGAUUUUCAGCAUAAUAUCUUUUUUUAUAUAAAUCUAGGAGCUACUUGUAUAAACCAAGGGAUGUUGUACUAUGUUUUAAUUUGAUGAUGCAAGAUGACCCGGUCUCUCUUCACUUUAAUGCUAAAAGCUUUAUACCUGCAUAUUAUUUUUGCUUAUAUCUUUUACAUAGAUAAUAAUGUACAUAUUUUAAGCAUAUGAAGACAUAAUUUUCUGUUUCUAGAUACUGUGAAUACGUUCUUCAUAAUCAUGUUGUUUGUAUUUUUAAUGAUUUGAAAAUAAACAAAAGUUCAUUGGUCCAAUAAUUUGUUUAAACUUUACUGUUGAUCAUAUUAGUUUAAAAUUGUGAGGAAAUCUAAAAGAAAAAUGCAUCAUUUUAGACUAGCCACAUUUUAUAUUGAUAUUAAAACUAUGGAACAGGAUAUGUCAUGAUUUGACUGGAGCUUACCUUGGGGUACUAAUAUAACCACACUGGUUUUGUUGUGUGAUCUGUUAUAUUAGCAUAUUGUUAUUCAUUCACAGAUGUGCUCAGAUAAUUUUUGUUCUUUAACAGAAAUAACAAGUACAGUCCCAUCAUUUGUGUAACUUUACAAAACUAGUACCAUUAUCAAAGAUCCAGAAUUAUUGACAUUUGUAAAUGCCAUUCCAUCAACAGUUGCAUUGUACUUACCAGUUCAUAGUUUUAUUUCUAAUGAUUCCUCCCCGAGAUUCCCUGUUUGGUGCUACUUCACAUAUACUGUAAAUGUGGAUAUUUUAGUGGUUUUCUUAUUUCAGGUCUUUAAUGCUGAGAGCAUUCCAUCUACAUUAAGAUUGUGUAAAUUGAAGUUUCUGUAUACAGUGAAACCUGACUUUACCUUGUCAGAUACGAUAGUGUGUCAGUAAAGUCACCGAUCUUGUCAAGAGACACUUGAUGCUGCACCGACUCUGUGUUAAGAAUAGUUAUUUCUUUCAAAGUUUUGAAGAUUUUCCACCAGUGUUAAGUAUUUCAUCUUUUUCAUGUCAGCAAAUUUUCACAAUUUGUUUAAUAUAUGGUGUGAUGUAUGUUGCAGGUUGUCGUUAAAGUCGGUGAAAGGUAAAGUCAGUAGUUGGUUAAGACGGUGGUUGGUAAAGUCAGUGGUAGAUAAAGUUGGUGGUAGAUAAAGUCAGUGGUUGGUAAAGUCAGUGGUAGAUAAAGUCAGUGGUAGAUAAAGUCAGUGGUAGAUAAAGUUAGUGGUUGGUAAAGUCAGUGGUUGGUAAAGUCAGUGGUAGAUAAAGUCAGUGGUAGAUAAAGUCAGUGGU